CACAAUCUCCCCAUUGAAACUCCUUCGCUUGAACAUGUCGACAACAGAUGACUCAAAGCGGUCUAAGCGACUGGAGACAGUCGGAAACAAGGACACGAUGAACCUGCACAAUAUCUUAUAUCAAAACAUCAUCUCGUCACCAUAUUUUAAGAGCUUAUACGAGAAGAAAACUUACCAUGAAGUGAUUGACGAGAUCUAUAAUCAAGUGUCUUCACUUGAGCCAUUUUUUAAAGGAACCCACGCCUCCACCGCUUUUUGCCUACUAUAUAAACUUUGGACGUUGAAGCUCACCGUAAAGCAGGUUCAGGGGCUGAUCACUCACACAGAUUCUGCGCAUAUCCGUGCGUUAGGAUUUUUGUAUCUGCGCUAUGUAUGCAAGCCUGCAGACUUGUGGGGCUGGUACGAGCCUUACUUGGAUGAUGAUGAAGAGCUUCAAGUAGAGGCUGGUGCUAAGCCCAGGAUGAUGUCCAUGGGCCGUUUUCUGCGAGAGCUGUUGACCGACAACAAGUGGAUCGGCACUAUGCUCCCUCGGAUACCAGUUCCCAUUGCACGAGAUAUUGAGAAGAAAUUGAAGGAAAAUCCUCCCGCGCACGGAAUAACUACUGAUGCUAUGGCUGGCUCAAAUGCAGACAGUGCACCAAAAAAGGCAAACCGUGAAUAUAUAUCUGAUCGGCCCAGCCGCGACCGGUAUGGGGCUAAUGGUGGCGUCCGGUCUGAAGCUUAUCAGGCACGUCGGCACCGAGGUUCGAGUAGGGAAAGCAGUGCACGGAGGACCUAUGGGGAUGGAGAAUAUCCCGACCGACGUGAAUAUUCGCCGCGCCGGUAUCAUCGCGCCGGUGAAGGGCGGAGUCGCAGCCCGAGAUCGAAUUCAGAAAGAGAUCGAUACGGUGAUGCCAGACACGACAGAUAUAGAGAGUCUCGAUAUGAGGAAAGCAGAAAUUACGGACGAGAGCAGCACAGCUAUGGCUAUUCUAGAGGCGAGAGGCAGUGAAACACGCUGAAAGUAGUGUGACGAGCUCCGCUGCACUGUACAAACGAAACUAUUGGUACCAGUUGUGCAUAUCCCCUUUGUCGUGUAUCAGCUCGUUCUGAGACUGCCAGUCCUACAUAGCAAAAAAAUGCUACUAGCCGGGCACAACACCUCUCUCUCCUUGUGUACAGCCUAUAAUAGGAAACGAAACCGUCGUUCCAGCGUGGAGAGAGUUUGACACUAGCGUUCAUGCAUACAUCAGACGGUAGAUUAUCACAUGAUAUGUUUGAGUAAAGAGUAUUCGCUGUGGGUCUAAUGGAGUCCG